CGUUUGUGCUUAUUGUGUAUAGACCACCUUCUAACUCACCAGAUUCAAAUGACAGUUUAAACCAGUUCAUACUUCACUUUUGCAGUGGAAAAGAAGUGAUUGUCCUAGGUGACUUCAACCUUCCUGGUAUUGAUUGGCCAACCCAACUGUCCCGUUGUCCUCCUCUAGAAAGGAUGUUCCUUGACACAUUCCUAUCCUUAGGUCUCCAUCAAUGGAUCUCCGAGCCAACAUAUCCCAAAUCUGGAAAUAUCCUUGACCUGAUCUUUACCUCUGAGGCAGAUCGAAUAGGAUCUCUUGAUAUCAUGGCCCCACUGCCUGGAUGUGACCACUGUGCCAUUUCAUUUGAUUACAUAUUUGAUGCUUCACCAUCACUCAACUCAAUUCCUGGACAUAUCACUCCUCAGAGAGCCUGGCACAGGGAUGGGUGAGAUUGAUGGCGAGGAGCCCGCUGCUGUGGAUGUGGUGCCUCAGGCUGAAGAUCCCAGGCCUCCCACUGGAGCCGACCAGGCGGCCAACGACUCGGCCGGCAGCGGGAAGGCGGGCGACCUCUCGACCAGCGCCUCCGGACGACUGGCGGCGCCGGGCGGCCUGACCCGCAAGGAGUCGUACAAGGACCAGCGGCGCCGUUACCGGCACGAGAAGCGGCGCGCCGCCGACGAACUGCUCAGCACCGUGCGCGACCCGGCCGUGCUGGUACGCGCUGACUGGCUCAAAGUGCGCGGCACGCUCAAAAGCUGGACCAAGCUCUGGUGCGUGCUCAAACCGGGUCUGCUAAUACUCUACAAGAGUGAGAAGGCCAAGAACAGCCACUGGGUGGGCACCAUCCUGCUCUCCAGCUGCCACCUGAUUGAGCGGCCGAGCAAGAAGGAUGGCUUCUGCUUCAAGCUGUACCACCCGCUGGAGCAGAGCAUCUGGUCCACCAAGGGACCCGACGGCGAGAGCGGCGGCGCCACGCUCCAGCUGCUGCCAACUGCCCACCUCAUUUUCCGGGCGCCCACUCAGAGCUCGGGCAAAUGCUGGAUGGACGCUCUGGAGCUGAGUAUGGCGUGCUCGUCGCUGCUCAAACGCUCCAUGAACGCCGAGGGCGGCCGCUCCUGGGCCGAGUCCGAGCCGGAGGGAGGAGACCUGGACGACAGCCGCGUGGUGACGCCGGUCGAGGCCAGCGCCGAGUUCGGCGCCGCUGUUGGGGAGGACGGCGAUUCCUCAGAGGACGGAUCGGCCAUGGAGGACGACGCAGAGACGGCCGCCGACCAGGCACAGCCGCCCGCCAUCGAGACCACCUACUGCGAGAACGUCGAGGUCCUCGACCCGGAGCUGCUGGGCGGCGGCGGUCAGACCGAGGAACUGGCCGACGAGAACAAGAACCUGCUGUGGCCGCUGCUGAAGCAGCUGCGGCCCGGCAUGGACCUGAGCAAGGUGGUGCUGCCGACGUUCAUCCUGGAGCCGCGCUCGUUCCUGGACAAGCUGAGCGACUACUACUACCACGCCGACUACCUCAGCAGGGCGAUACACGAGGACGACCCGUUCCUGCGGAUGCGCAGUAUUGUGGGCUGGUACCUGUCCGGGUUCUACAAGAAGCCCAAGGGCCUGAAGAAGCCGUACAACCCGAUCCUGGGCGAGACGUUCCGCUGUUACUGGCAGCACCCGAACGGCUCGCGGACGUUCUACAUCGCCGAACAGGUGUCUCAUCACCCGCCCGUCUCGGCCUUCUACGUGUCCAACCGGCGGGACGGCUUCUGUAUCAGCAGCAGCAUCCUGGCCAAGUCAAAAUUCUACGGUAACUCGACGUCUGCGAUUCUGGUGGGCACGGCCACACUGACGCUGCUGCCGCGCGGCGAGGCAUACCGGGUGACCAUGCCGUACGCCCACUGCAAGGGUAUCCUGAUCGGCACACUCUCCAUGGAGUUGGGCGGCAAGGUCACCAUCGAGUGCGAAAAGACCGGCUACACCACCGAGCUCGAGUUCAAACUCAAGCCGAUGUGGUCGGGCCAGGACGACUGUAACCGCGUGGUGGGCAAGAUCCGGCUCGGACACGAGACGCUGGCCACCAUCGACGGAAAGUGGGACGGCCAGAUGUACUGCACCGACAAACGCACUAACGAGAGGGAGACGCUGUGGAACCCGACACCGGAGGUGUGCCGCCAGCGGCUGAAGCGCUACACGGUACCGCUCGACGAGCAGGGCAUCUGGGAGUCGGAGCUGCUCUGGGCCAAGGUCUCCAAGGAGAUCGAGCGCGACGACCAGGUGGCCGCCACAAAUGAGAAGUUUGUACUGGAGGAGGCGCAGCGCGCGGCCGCCAAGGAGCGCAAGGCCACCUGCACCGAAUGGGUGCCCAAAUACUUUGUCCAGGACUGUAUCAGCGGCGAGUACCAGUACCGGUACGCCGACCUGCGGCCCUGGGACCCGCACACGGACCAGCACCAGUACGAGGCCGACUACCAGGUGCUGACGCGCACCCGCACCCGGGCGCCCAUGCUACGCACCGCCAGCCUCAUCAGCGUCGAGAAAAACCUCAGGAAGGCGCUCACUCAGGUGGAGGUGGCGGCGGUCGUCAGGAAGGAGCUGACCGGCCGCGUCACCCGCAUCUCCGAGAGCUCCUCGCCAGAUGCCAGCACCGUGGACGGCGGACGGCGGCGCGAGCACGUCUCACCGCGCAGGCUGCAGCAGUGUCUUCAGCCUCUAGAGCAGCUGCAGCGGGACACGGCCGCCGAGCUGGCCGCGGUGCGCCGGCAGCUGGAGCGGCUGCAGCGCGCCCAGCAGUCGCCCAGCGCCGGCCGCCAGCUCAGCCCCUGGCUGGUGCUGGUGCUGGCCGUGCUGGCGCAGCUCGUCACCGGCUGGUGGCUGCGCCGCGCCGGCUGAGCGCCCAGCUGCCGCUCGCUUCCACCGCGGGACGCCCGCGCCGCCGGCCAGUCACUGACGGCAGGCCGGGGCGCGCCGUCCCCACCAGUCCGCUCCAUUGUUGCUCCCUAGUGACCUAUUUAUUAGCUAGGCUUUAAUCGUGCGUUUGACUCGCGCCGCCUCGCGUGCGGAGGUGCUCUGUGCAAUGUUUACCGGCGCGCGGGGCGGUCUAGGGCCCCGCGCGGCCCGCUGUGAUGACCGGCCCGGUAUCCUCAGUGUGUGUGUGAGUGUGUGGAGCGGCGGGCCGGACCCUCCGCUCCGGGUCACCCGCCCCCUGCCGUGUACGGGCGUUAGUCUUCUGCCGACCGGGGCGGCCGGUACCUCCAGUGCCCGCCGCGCCGCCCCGUCCCGCCACUAGCCAUUCAGGUUCUCAGCUUGGGACUUUCAGCGCCGCUGGUGUAGGGGUUUGGUUACGGGACACUCCCGCAGACUAUGUAGAGAGACGCGCGGGCGAUGGCCAGUGCGAGAACCGUCCCUGGAAUAGUUCAGCUCGUCCUGGACAGCAGACCAUAGACCAUGGGCCAGAUCUUGGUCCCCGGACCAGGCCGUAGUCCACAGACUGCUGGGCACGAACUGCCGGAUAGGUCUGCGACAUUCCUGGCGUCUCGGAGACGGGGUACCGCCAGUCAGGUCUGAUAGUCUCCCCGUCUCAUUCACUGAGUAAUAAUACACUAUCCGACUGAGACGUAGCGUCUGGUCGCUCACCGAAUACAUUAUCAGACUGCAA